CCCCGCUUUCCUCCUCCCCACCUCCUAAUGAGCUGUUUUCUGAUAUAUGUUGGGUACCAUAGAGUGAGGCUGAGAACAGGAAGCGGAGGCAGAAGCAAAGAGGAUUCUGGAAAGGUCUCUGUGUUUUCCUUUUUUUUUCUCCACUGAGCAUGCAGAAAUCACAGUGAACACAUCUAUGCAUCCAUACGUCCAAAGCGUUAUGGUCAGAGACCUGGAUCAUUACAAUAAAGAAGCGUUUUGCACGGUCCUGCUGGCUGGAUGCUGUGCUGUGAUUUGUGUCACUCCCUUUUCAUCAGUUUCCCCAAGGUCAUUCGGGUGGUGAUGUGACUGGAAGCUAGAAACGUUUUCUAGCUUGCAUAUCCCAAAGUGACAAGGAUCUGCUGACAGGAGAAGCAUUCGAUUUCUACCACUUUUAAGGAUGGGCUGUCUUGACUUCAUUUUGUCUCUUGAGGAAAAGAAGAUUUCGUAGCCCGCAGUCGUUCAUUGCAUAGCCCACCCAAAGGGAUACGCAUGCAGUUCCGGUGGCUCCAUUUCAAGAACUGACACUGCCCAGAGAUAAAAAGGUCAUUCUUAUGCAAUAGGCUAAAAGUAAUUUAAAUGUGCAGGAUGAAAAAAUGGCACAGGCACUGCUGGUACCACCAGGACCUGACAGCUUCCGCUAUUUUACUAGAGAAUCUCUUGCAGCUAUUGAAAAACGCUGUGCAGAGGAAAAAGCUAAAAAGCCCAAACAGGAUCAUUCAGAUGCUGAUGACGAAAAUGGACCAAAACCAAAUAGUGACUUGGAAGCAGGGAAAACACUUCCAUUUAUAUAUGGAGACAUUCCUCCAGGAAUGGUGUCCGAACCUUUGGAGGACCUUGACCCUUAUUAUAGCAAUAAAAAAACCUUCAUAGUAUUGAACAGAGGGAAGGCAAUUUUCCGAUUCAGCGCCACAUCUGCCUUGUACAUUUUAACCCCUUUCAAUCCUCUCAGAAAAAUUGCUAUUAAAAUUUUGGUACAUUCAUUAUUCAGCAUGCUAAUUAUGUGCACUAUUUUGACCAACUGUGUAUUUAUGACUAUGAGCAACCCUCCAGAAUGGACCAAGAAUGUAGAGUACACAUUCACUGGAAUUUAUACCUUUGAAUCACUUAUAAAAAUUCUCGCAAGGGGCUUUUGUCUAGAAGGUUUCACUUUUCUUCGAGACCCAUGGAAUUGGCUUGACUUCAGCGUAAUUUUGAUGGCAUAUUUGACAGAGUUUGUGGACCUGGGCAAUGUCUCAGCGUUGAGAACAUUCAGAGUUCUCCGGGCAUUGAAAACAAUAUCAGUCAUUCCAGGCCUGAAGACCAUUGUGGGGGCCCUAAUUCAGUCAGUGAAGAAGCUCUCGGAUGUGAUGAUCCUGACCGUGUUUUGUCUGAGUGUAUUUGCUUUAAUAGGGCUUCAGCUUUUUAUGGGGAACUUGAGGCAUAAAUGCCUGAUUUGGCCACCUGAAAACUUUACUUUUGAAAGCGACUUCAGUAAUAGCACAGUGGGAGAAAAUGGUACCUUUGUUAACACUACAGAGAACACCUUUGACUGGGAGGAGUACAUUGAGGAAGAAAGUCAUUUUUAUGUUUUGGAAGGACAAAGAGAUGCCCUGCUUUGUGGCAACAGCUCUGAUGCUGGUCAAUGUCCGGAAGGAUAUGUGUGUGUAAAAGCUGGUCGAAACCCCAACUAUGGCUACACAAGUUUUGAUACCUUCAGCUGGGCCUUCUUGUCGCUCUUUCGGCUGAUGACUCAGGACUACUGGGAAAACCUUUACCAACUGACCUUAAGAGCGGCUGGCAAAACGUACAUGAUCUUUUUUGUCCUGGUGAUUUUCCUGGGCUCUUUCUACCUGAUCAACCUGAUCCUGGCUGUUGUUGCCAUGGCCUACGAAGAGCAGAACCAAGCCACCAUGGAAGAAGCAGAGCAGAAGGAGGCCGAGUUCCAGCAGAUGCUGGAGCAGCUGAAAAAGCAACAGGAAGAAGCCCAGACAACAGCAGCUGUGGCAGCAGCAUCGAUGGCAUCAAGAGAUUUCAGCGGCGUGGGAGGAUUGGGGGAGCUCUUGGAAAGUUCUUCAGAGGCAUCUAAAUUAAGCACCAAGAGUGCUAAAGAAAGGAGGAACAGGCGGAGGAAAAAAAGGCAGAAGGAACUUUUGGAAGAAGAAGAUAGGGCCGAAGCUGAACAGUUUCCUAAAUCUGAAUCGGAAGACAGUAUCCGAAGGGGAGCUCAACUAUCCUAUGAAAAAAGGACUUCAACUCACCAGUCUUUGUUGAGCCUUCGCGGCUCCUUGUUUUCCCCGAGGCGCAACAGCAGAACCAGCAUUUUCAGCUUCAGAGGCCGAGCAAAGGACAUAGGAUCAGAAAACGACUUCGCCGACGACGAGCACAGCACCCUCGAGGACAACGAGAGCAGAAGGGACUCUCUCUUUGUCCCAAACAGACACAACAGCGAGCGCCGCAACAGCAACACCAGCCAGGCGAGCCUGUCGUCAAGGAUGGUGCCGGCGAUUCCGGCGAACGGGAAGAUGCACAGCACCGUGGACUGCAAUGGCGUCGUUUCCUUGGCGGGAGGACCUCCUGGGCUCAUAUCACCUCCUGGGCAGCUUCUGCUAGAGGGUACCACCACCGAAACAGAAAUAAGAAAAAGAAGAUUGAGCUCUUACCAGAUUUCGAUGGAGUUGAUGGAAGAAUCUGCAGCAAGGCAAAGAGCCAUGAGUAUAGCCAGUAUACUCACAAACACCAUGGAAGAACUUGAAGAAUCCAGACAGAAGUGUCCACCAUGCUGGUAUAGAUUUGCAAACACGUUCUUGAUCUGGGAUUGCUGGCCUCCUUGGCUAAAAGUGAAGCACAUCAUGAAUUUGAUAGUGAUGGAUCCAUUUGUGGAUCUUGCUAUCACCAUCUGCAUUGUUUUGAAUACGCUGUUUAUGGCUAUGGAGCACUAUCCGAUGACUCCCUAUUUCAACCAUGUCCUUUAUGUUGGAAACUUGGUCUUCACUGGGAUCUUCACUGCAGAAAUGGUCCUCAAGAUAAUAGCCAUGGAUCCUUAUUACUAUUUCCAAGAAGGCUGGAAUAUUUUUGAUGGCAUCAUUGUCAGCUUGAGUUUGAUGGAGCUGGGUCUUGCAAACGUGGAAGGGUUGUCAGUCCUAAGAUCCUUCAGACUGCUCCGGGUUUUCAAAUUGGCAAAAUCCUGGCCGACGCUAAAUAUGCUGAUCAAAAUUAUUGGCAAUUCUGUGGGAGCUUUGGGAAAUCUGACUUUGGUUCUGGCCAUCAUUGUCUUCAUUUUUGCCGUGGUGGGCAUGCAGCUGUUCGGCAAAAGCUACAAGGAAUGUGUGUGCAAGAUUGCAGAAGACUGUGAGCUUCCGCGCUGGCACAUGAACGACUUUUUCCACUCUUUCUUGAUCGUGUUCCGAGUCCUUUGCGGAGAAUGGAUAGAAACCAUGUGGGACUGUAUGGAAGUUGCAGGUCAAACCAUGUGCCUCAUUGUCUUCAUGCUGGUCAUGGUGAUUGGAAACCUCGUGGUACUGAACCUCUUUCUGGCCUUGCUUCUGAGCUCCUUUAGUUCAGAUAACCUCGCUGCUACUGAUGACGAUAACGAAAUAAACAAUCUUCAGAUUGCCGUGGCAAGAAUUCAGAAGGGAGUAGAUUAUGUAAAGAAAAAAUUACGAGAGGUUGUCGAAAAAGGCGUUGUCAGGAGGCAGAAAGCUGUGGAGGAUAUCAAAGCCCUCGAAGAACUAAGCAACAAGAAAGACAACUACAUUUCCAACCAUAUGAUGGUUGAAAUAACUAGAGACGUUAAUUACCUGAGAGAUGGGAAUGGAACCACAAGUGGUGUGGGCACAGGCAGCAGUGUGGAAAAAUACAUUAUUGAUGAAAAUGAUUAUAUGUCAUUCAUAAAUAAUCCAGGCCUUACUGUGACUGUACCAAUGGCAGUUGGAGAGUCGGAUUUUGAAAAUAUAAAUACAGAGGAAUUUAGCAGCGAAUCUGAAAUUGAAGAAGGCAAAGAGAAGUUAAAUGCAACCAGCUCUUCAGAAGGCAGCACAGUUGAUAUUGCCCCGCCUGGAGAGGGUGAACAGGCAGAGAUUGAACCUGAAGAGGCUCUUGAACCUGAAGCCUGUUUUACAGAAGGCUGCAUCAAGAAGUUCCCAUGUUGUCAAGUGAGUAUAGAAGAUGGCCGAGGAAAAAUCUGGUGGAAUUUUAGGAAAACCUGCUACAGCAUAGUUGAACACAACUGGUUUGAGACGUUCAUUGUUUUUAUGAUUCUCCUCAGCAGUGGUGCUCUGGCCUUUGAAGACAUAUAUAUUGAACAGCGCAAGACUAUCAAGACCAUGCUGGAGUAUGCUGACAAGGUCUUCACAUACAUCUUCAUUCUGGAAAUGCUUCUGAAGUGGGUGGCCUAUGGCUUUCAAAUGUAUUUCACCAAUGCCUGGUGCUGGCUGGAUUUCCUCAUUGUUGAUGUUUCAUUGGUUAGUUUAGUAGCCAAUGCUCUGGGCUAUUCUGAACUGGGUGCCAUUAAAUCACUUCGAACACUAAGAGCUUUGAGGCCUUUAAGAGCCCUGUCACGAUUUGAAGGAAUGAGGGUGGUUGUCAACGCUCUGGUUGGCGCGAUCCCUUCCAUCAUGAAUGUGCUCUUGGUUUGCCUCAUAUUCUGGCUGAUCUUCAGCAUCAUGGGCGUAAACCUGUUUGCUGGCAAGUUCUACCACUGUGUUAACACCACGACAGGUGAAAUGUUUAAUAUUAGCGAGGUUGACAAUAAAACUCAGUGUGAGGAGCUCAUCAACGACAAUCAGCCUGCCCGGUGGAAAAAUGUGAAAGUAAAUUUUGACAAUGUUGGAGCUGGUUACCUCGCUUUGCUUCAAGUUGCUACUUUUAAAGGAUGGAUGGAUAUUAUGUAUGCAGCUGUUGAUUCAAGAGAUGUAGAAGAUCAGCCGUAUUAUGAGGACAACCUCUACAUGUAUCUUUAUUUUGUUAUCUUCAUCAUCUUUGGAUCAUUUUUUACUUUAAACCUUUUCAUUGGUGUCAUCAUAGAUAACUUCAAUCAACAAAAAAAGAAGUUUGGAGGCCAGGACAUCUUUAUGACGGAAGAACAGAAGAAAUAUUAUAAUGCCAUGAAGAAAUUAGGGUCUAAAAAGCCACAAAAACCUAUACCUAGACCAGGGAACAAAUUCCAAGGCAUGGUCUUUGAUUUUGUAACAAAACAAGCCUUUGACAUCAGCAUCAUGAUUCUUAUCUGCCUUAACAUGGUCACCAUGAUGGUGGAAACAGAUGACCAAAGUAAAGAAAUGGAAACCAUUUUGUCUAGGAUUAAUCUAGUGUUCAUUGUGCUUUUCACUGGCGAAUGUGUACUCAAACUGAUUUCACUCCGUCAUUAUUACUUCACCAUCGGAUGGAACAUCUUUGAUUUCGUAGUUGUCAUUCUCUCCAUUGUAGGUAUGUUCCUAGCAGAAAUCAUUGAAAAAUACUUUGUGUCGCCCACCUUGUUCCGAGUGAUCCGACUUGCCAGGAUAGGUCGCAUCCUGCGUCUCAUCAAGGGUGCUAAAGGGAUCCGCACUCUACUUUUUGCCUUGAUGAUGUCUCUCCCUGCCUUGUUCAACAUUGGUCUUCUCCUUUUCCUGGUCAUGUUCAUCUACGCUAUAUUUGGAAUGUCCAACUUUGCCUACGUGAAGAGAGAAGUGGGCAUUGAUGACAUGUUCAACUUUGAAACUUUUGGCAACAGCAUGCUCUGUCUCUUUCAAAUCACCACCUCUGCUGGCUGGGAUGGCUUGCUAGCUCCCAUUCUCAACAGCGGGCCACCAGACUGUGACCCUGAGAUAGACCACCCAGGAAGUUCGGUCAAAGGAGACUGCGGCAAUCCCUCUGUUGGGAUCUUCUUCUUUGUUAGUUACAUUAUCAUAUCAUUUUUAGUUGUAGUGAACAUGUAUAUUGCUGUGAUUUUGGAGAACUUCAGCGUUGCUACAGAAGAGAGUGCUGAGCCUUUGAGCGAGGACGACUUUGAGAUGUUCUAUGAGGUUUGGGAAAAGUUUGAUCCGGAUGCAACCCAGUUUAUAGAGUACUGCAAACUCUUUGAUUUUGCAGCUUCUCUGGAGCCGCCUCUUCUCAUUGCAAAACCAAACCACGUUCAGCUUAUUGCGAUGGAUCUACCCAUGGUAAGCGGUGACCGAAUUCACUGCCUUGACAUCUUGUUUGCCUUUACAAAGCGUGUUUUGGGAGAAAGCGAAGAAAUGGAUUUGCUCAGAGUGCAAAUGGAAGACCGGUUCAUGGCAGCCAACCCUUCGAAAGUGUCCUAUGAGCCAAUUACAACCACCCUGAAACGAAAGCAAGAGGAAGUGUCUGCUACCAUCAUCCAGCGGGCUUUCAGGAGUUUCCUCUUAAAACAAAAAGUGAAAAAAGUGACCUCUAUGUAUAAUAAAGACAAGUGCAAAGAUGGCAUUGCCCUUCCCAUCAAAGACACGAUUCCUGAUAAAUUUAACAGGAACUUGACUCCUCAGGAGAAAACAGAGGAAAGUUCCUCCACCACCUCCCCACCUUCCUACGAUAGCGUUACCAAGCCAGGCAAACAGAAAUAUGAAAAGGGCAAAACGGACAGAGACUAUAAAAGUAAAGAUGCCAGGGCUAGCAAAAAGUGAAGCAAACUUUUUACGUUCCUGUUUGUGUGCAAAUUUGUUUACAGCCUUUGAAAGGGUACGUAUCCUGUCAGCGAGACUCCCUUGGGAGAUUUAUGCCAAACCUGUCAGUUUAUACUUUAUAAAUAUAUUACAUAGAUAUAUCUAUAUAUGUAUAUAAACAGAUAAAAUCUCUCUAAAGGUCAGUGCCUAUAACAAGACAGUGACCCCUCGUCACCAAACUAACUCUGUAAAACAGGGUAGGAGCCUGCUUUACUCACAGCCGGCAGGGUGGAAGAGAGACAGACAGGAACAGAGACAAUAUGGCUGUUCCAAGAGGUGCACAACGCUAUAGCCUAUGUGUUUAAUAUACUGCAAGACACUUGGUCGGUAAGUGUUUUCACUGUGUCUAUUUCAACUGCCACAUUUGCCAUAUUUUUACACACACACACAAACACACACACACACACACACACACACACACACACAGUGUAGGUGGGUUUAUCAUUAAAAACAAAAAACAUUCACAGGGUGUUUACUAUUAUAUGUGACUAUUUUUGUAAAACGGGUUUUCUGUUGCGGCGGGAGGGAAGGGGUGGGGUUACCAGGACCACGUGUUCUACUCUCUGGUUCUCUGUCACAUGCAGACAGAGAAGCAAACUGCAUGAAGGCAUGCUGCGCUUAACAGAUCCUGCAUGGAACCGACGUGACGUCAUCAGGCAGAGUUUUAAACCACUUCCGUAUUUCAAGGUUGGCUCCGAUGUUUUUUUAAAAAGCGAUUUUACACCUUCUGUUGACUGAUCAGGCAAAUCCACUUGUGCCUGCAGUUGAUUAAAAAAAAUCCCAAAUGGAUUAUUUUUAUGCUGAUCACUCGAUGCGAGCAUACACACACGCAUACACACUAUCUCAGUCCUAGGUAUUUCUCUAAACCCAGCCCUUUGAUCUCUCCAGGUGAGAUCGUCUCUGCAUGGAACAAUCACUUCCGUCACAGGUUAAUUCCCAGUACCGAGCAUCUGUGCAGCAGGAAUAGGGAACAGACAAAAGUGUCCCAUGCCAGAGGUGCCUGUUGACUGGUCAAAUGGUUUCGGGAGUAAAGUAGUGCAAAAAUAGGCCCGGAAAUGGGCAAAAAAGGAUAGGGUCUUAAAAGUAUUACUUUGUCUUUAAAGUACUGUAUAGUCCUCUGCUCUCAGUAUAGUUCAUGCCUAAAUCUUAGAAACAAAGACAAAAAACAAACACCAGUUUAACUCUGUGAUGUAAAUACUCAUUUUAUAGUUGUACAUAUUUGAGCAUACAAGCAAAUGGUUUGGCCACAGUGUAUUUCUGCAAACAUGUGCCACAGCAGGUCUAGCUUUCAAGCUCUCGGCAGAUGAUAUCUUAUAUUCUAUACCAUUACAGAUAACUGGGAGGGCACUGGUGCAUGUGAAUAUUGCCUUUGCUAUGGCUGCACCUUGCUCCUUCCAUGAUCCACUUUCAUUUUCUAGAGGAAGUAGUGAAGUGAAUGAAAUCGCCUCAUUUCUUCCUAUCACUGAGCAAUAGUUGGCAGUUAUCAAUGAGCUUUCCCCCCAUUUUUUCCUCUCAGCCUUCUAAAGUUUCAACAGGCUACAAUACAGUGUAGACCAAGACAGUAUUGAGAAUACUGUAAGCUGUUUAUCCUGUUGACAAUGCAGUUAGUAUAUAUAAAUAAUGUAUAAAAAAAUGGCAGCAUAAUGUACAUAAGAUUCAGUUCAGAUUCAUGUAAUUUUCUUUUCCACAGUCAUUUUGUUUACUUUACAUUCAUUGUAUCUUUCAGUUGAGACCUCCACAAUACGAAAAUAAAAAUAAAAUAAAAUGAUGGAGACUUUG